CCAGCGCGCCUGGUUGGAGUGUCUCUUCAACAACCCGACACCGACUUCCUCCCAAAUUCAGUCGAAUAACGACAACAACUUUACCUUCUUACGCCAGGCCAUCAACAGUGCCUUCACUCGAGGCCUGGGCUAUUUCCUACGAUCAUGGCGUUCGGGAUACCCCGCGCGCUCGCGCUCGCUGCGCUAUCGCUAUCAUGCGUUGCCUCAGCCUACCAGAACUACACGUCCAUCGAUAUGUUGCGAGCGCAAAUGGAACUGAUGGCUGAUCGACCCAAAGACUGUCCUCCAUGCUUCAACUGCAACCUUCCCAUGUACUCGUGUGGUCAAUUCGCAUCAUGUAGCGAGUACAGUGGCAAGUGUAUCUGUCCCGAUGGCUUUGGCGGCGACAACUGCUUAGAACCACUUUGCGGCUCACUUUCUCGAGGCCCCGAUCGACCGGUCCGCAAGGGCAAGUCUUGCGAAUGUGACGAUGGGUGGACAGGCAUCAAUUGCAAUGUCUGUACGAAUGAUAACGUCUGCAACGCCUUUACCGAAACUGGGGAUGGUGGCGUCUGCUAUACCGGCGGCGAGGUUGUCAAGCAAAACUACCAGAUCUGCGAUGUUACAAACAAGGCUAUUCGGGACCUUCUUGGAACCAAAGUCCCUCAGGUUACUUUCACCUGCAAGAAAGAAACCGGCGAAUGUGACUUCCAGUUCUGGGUCGAGGAACGCGAGUCGUUCAUGUGCCACCUGAGAGAAUGCGACUCGACUGCCAACUUUGACUUCGACAACGGAAAGAACACGACCUCAUACAAAUGCGAAAAGAUUCAAUGCGAGUGUAUUCCGGAUCGAAUGCUAUGCGGCGAACAUGGCUCCGUUGACAUUGGCGAUUUCCUGUCCGAGCAGAUCAAGGGCCCUGCGAGCUUCGAAUGCACUCAGAACACUGGUGAAGCAAAGAAGUGUGCCUUUAAGGAGCCCGAGAUGAACAAUCUCAUCAAUGAUGUGUUUGGCGACCAGAGCAUCCUUCUCACUUGCAGCGCUGGCGAGUGUCUCUACCACACCGAAGUACCCGGAUACACGCCUACCGUCCCCAAGAUCAACACGCCACUUAUCGCGGGUGUUAUUGCCGCCUGUGGGCUCUUCCUGGUUGCCGUUAUCCUGGGAACCUGGUACCUCUCCCGAAGAAAGUUCAAGUACGGCCCGAUUCACCUUGAUGACUCGGACGACGAGGCUAUCAAGCUUAUGACCGACCACAAGCCCGCUUCCCUCUAUUUCGAGAACGUUGUCUACAACCUAAACGGAAAAGAUAUUCUGUCUGGGAUCCAAGGCAUGGCUCAUCCGGGCGAAGUCACCGCCAUCAUGGGAGCGUCUGGAGCAGGAAAGACCACGUUCUUGGAUAUCCUUGCCCGGAAGAACAAGCGCGGCCAAGUAUCGGGAGACUUUUACAUCAACGGCGAAAAGGUUAGCGAUGCGGAGUACAAGAACGCCGUCGGCUUUGUUGACCAGGAGGACACCAUGUUGCCGACUUUGACCGUACACGAAACUAUUCUUAACAGCGCCCUGCUUCGCCUACCGAAAGACAUGACACGCGCCGCGAAGGAACAAAGAGUGAUUGAAGUCGAGAAGCAGUUGGGAAUUUACCAUAUCCGGGACUCCCUGAUUGGUUCCGAAGAAGGCAAAGGACGUGGCAUUUCCGGUGGAGAAAAGCGCAGAGUUGGCAUCGCUUGCGAGCUGGUCACCAGUCCUUCGAUCCUUUUCCUUGACGAGCCCACCAGUGGUCUUGACGCUUACAAUGCUUACAACGUUGUCGAAUGUCUCGUUACUCUGGCCAAGACAUACAAGAGAACCGUCAUUUUCACCAUCCAUCAACCGAGAUCCAACAUCGUCGCGCUGUUCGACCGGCUCAUUCUGUUGGCUCAAGGCAAGACCGUGUAUUCUGGACCUCUGCACCAAUGCCAGGAGUAUUUCGAUCAGAUCGGCUACACCUGCCCUCCUGGCUUCAACAUUGCCGAUUACCUGGUUGAUUUGACCAUGCACGCUGGAUCAACUACCUCUUACGACGAUGGUACACUGUCAGUUGAUGGGGUUAGUGUGGGACCCAGCAGUACUAGAGCUGUUAAGUCAAUCGCCAGCGUGUCUGGAGUUAGCAUCGGUGAUGACAGCCUGGUUGAAUCAUCCUCUUCCCGCCCUAGGAAUAAGCGCCGUGACUCGGUCAGACGCAGACAGGAGAGGGAGCUCUAUACGAGGCGCAAGCAAGCCGUUGAUACUGCUGUCUCCUCGGAUGCUGGAGACGAGAUUGGGGGUUACAAAUUGCAAAAGCAGCCACCGGUUACUCCUCUGCGGAGCAUGAACGAUGACCUCCACGACCUUCCCCCUCCUGCUGCUACUGGCACCGAUCUUGACGUCCUUAUUGAGUCGUAUGUCCAUUCCGACAUUGCUGCUAGUACCCAUGAUGAAAUCCAUCAGGCAAUCGCAGCUGCGGUGAACAGUAAUGGUCAAAAUGCCAACGGUUAUGUUGCAGAUGGGAACAUCUACACCGGUACAAUGGGUAAAGGUUAUGCUCGCGUGGGCUUGUUCCGACAGUUCGUUAUUCUGUCUCAGCGCACUUGGAAGAACCUGUACCGGAACCCGAUGUUGAUGUUGACUCAUUACGCGAUCGCAAUCCUGUUGGCCGUUUUCGCCGGCUACUUGUUCUACGGCUUGACCUUGGACAUUGCGGGUUUCCAGAACAGGCUUGGCCUCUUCUUCUUCGUCCUCGCUCUGUUUGGUUUCAGCACUCUCACGAGCUUGGGUGUUUUCUCCCAGGAGAGGUUGCUGUUUGUACGCGAGAGGGCGAAUGGCUACUAUUCGCCUGUUACCUAUUUCGCCGCCAAGGUCUUGUUCGACAUUGUUCCCCUGAGAAUCAUUCCACCCAUCCUGCUUGGCGCCAUUAUCUACCCGAUGACUGGUCUCGUCGCCGACUACCAGCGGUUUUUCGUCUUUAUCCUGGUCUUGGUCCUCUUCAACCUGGCCGCUGCAGCCAUUUGCCUGUUCAUUGGCAUCGUUUGCAAGGACGGAGGUGUGGCCAAUCUGAUUGGUAGCUUGGUUAUGCUCUUCAGUCUUCUCUUUGCCGGUCUGUUGCUCAACCAUAACGCCAUUCCGGCUGCGGCGCUUUGGCUCCAGUGGCUCUCUAUCUUCCACUACGGCUUCGAGGCUCUGAUUGUCAACGAGGUUACUCAGCUCACCCUCGUUGACCACAAAUACGGUCUUGAUAUCACUGUUCCUGGCGCCACGAUCUUGACCACUUUUGGCUUUGACAACUCGGCAAUGUGGAGGGAUAUCAUGAACCUAGGUCUCUUUGGCAUGACUUUUAUCAUUCUUGCUUAUGGUGCUAUGCACAUUCUCCUUGUUGAGAAGAGGUAACGCGGUGAUAGAAGACCUGGAGGAUGUAGCAACCGUUAUUAGACCGGCGUGUAUGACGCGUUGACUCUGAUAGAUAGAUGUCAUACUGUACCCCUGUUUUUCUUUGUUUGUACGGCGUUUUCUUCAUGAUGGACAUAAUGGAAUGGUUUCUUGGAAAUAUUUGGUUGACACUGGCGUAUUGGGUCAUGGGCAUCAUCGUACUAUUUAGGCAACAAAUAAAGCGUGUUCUGAAAACCAGCGGU